CUGUGAUUUGGCAUGACCAAGUAGCAUUGACAAUGCCACGAACCAAGCUGACUGCUCGAAUGUCAACUGGAGGGAUGGCUCGCAGACAAGUUCCUCGAAUGAGAACUGGAGGAAUUGCUCCAGAACAACCUGAGGUGCUGAGGGAUACUGCUAACUCAACUGUGUCCAGUGAAGAAAGUGAAAAUGCAGUAGAGCCAAGAAGUGUCAGUGGCCAAAACUCCACCAUACUGCAGGUGACACGUGGACGUGGACGCGGACGCUUGCGUGGGCGUGUUCCCAUCCCACAGCGCCGCAGUCAACGGCUGGCCACUCGUCGAGGACAGACCAGUGAUCCUGCUGAAGAUGCCGGUGUGAUCGAUCUCACCAGCGAAUCAGAUGAAGAUUUUCCAGAGAACGAAGAGAGUGUAAUAGUCUUAGCACAUCGUCGUGCAAGAUCUCCUGCUCGACGACGUGCUCAUCCACCUGCUCCUCCGGAAGUUAUGAUAGUUGAUGAUCUGCAGGAAGUGGAGCCACCAGGUGCACCAAUGAAUGACAUCCUGAACUCUCCCUCACGCAUUCCAAUUUGCCCAAUCUGCUUGGAGUGUCUCUUACAUGGUGACAUCAUGUCUUCCAUCUGUGGGCAUGUGUUCUGCCGAAAAUGUAUCUCAAAGUCUGUAGAGCUCAAGAGUUCCUGCCCAUGGAAUUCACAUCAUGGAGAAACAUUUCAAAGUUUUGAAAGUCUCCGUCAAAGAGAGAUGCUUGUGGAUGUGACACUGACCUGCAAUGGGCAGUUCUUAAAAGCCCAUAAGUUAGUUUUAUGUGCUGGGAGUGGAUAUUUUGAGCGAAUUCUGCACAAGGAUGGACCAGGAUCACCCACAAUUCAUUUCUAUGGUGUGGAAAUGCACUUGUUGAAGCUUCUAGUGGAAUUUAUGUACUGUGGGGAAGUUGAAGUUCCUGCUAUGGAUCUGGAGGUAUUCAUUGAAAUUGCGGAGAACCUGGAAGUGAAGGGACUGAAGGGAGACAGAUCAAAGAGCAAUACAUCACAUGGUGUUGGUGGAAGCACCAUUCCUGUGUCUGAUGUUCAGGAUGCUUUGGCACACAAAAGAAGGAGCAGUACCCCAACCUGGCAGGAGUUUGAUGAACCUCAGUUCAAAUCUGCAAAAGUGCCAAGAUCUCAGGGCCCUUUGCUACGAGGCAGGCAGCAGUUAACUGGGCAACAUGCUCAGCAACCACAGCCUGUUACUUCCCCAUCUCAUGUACCCCAGACUCAAGCUGAACCAAGUGCAAGUACAUCGACUGAUGAAGUGGUGAUAAAGGAAGAGGGUGAAGGAGAUGAAGUGGUUGAUGUUCAUGAUGUGACAGAUCCGGCUUUGGCAUCUUCUACAGUGUCCUAUGUUCAGAGCUACAUUUGGUGUGGGAGGAUGGUAUUGUCAAGGACCAAGAUCUACUUCUGUCCCAUCUGUCCCUACUUGACGGCACGCAAAAGCCAUGCGGAAAACCACAGUCGUAAGCACAACAAGGAGAAGCCCUUCCAAUGUCCCAUCUGCUCCAAGUCCUUUUCUCAAAAGGGCCACUUGAAAACACACUGUGCUACUACUGUGUCCUAUGUUCAGAGCUACAUAUGGUGUGGCAAGCUGAGACCAACCGGAGCCUGGCUCUACUUUUGUCCCGUCUGCCCCUACUUCACGUCCCGCAAGAGGGAUGCUGAGAACCAUGCGCAAAAGCAUGUGAGAGAAAAGCCAUUUCAUUGUCCCGGUUGCUUCAAGUCUUUCUCCCAGAAGUCUCGAUUGAAGAAUCACUGCAUCUUAGUGCAUUCCCGUGAUCUCGAGGGAUCGCAGUAGCUGGGAAUAUAUAUUUGUCAGUGUUGGACAUCUGCUGUUUUUUUUCUUGGUUUGUUGGAAUCUUUCAUUUCCUCAAUUUGAAAGACAGACACAGUCCUAGAAGACUUGGAAUAUCCAGAGGACACAAGUACAAUCUCCAGAAUCUAACAAUUUUCCUUCGUAACACAUUUGGGAG